CCUGCUCCUUCACUGCAGCGAGAGAGGGAGAAGUGCAGUGGUAGUCCAAGCACAGGAUGAAAGCAGCGAUGGUCAUCAGCGGCGGAUCCAUCUCUCCACGCAUGGAGAUCGCUGGAAUAUCACCUUCUUUUGUCCAUGAUACCGGCCUAGAUUCUCGCCGGCGCAGCUGGAGCAAGCGGAUGUCUCUCGACGUGAAGGAGAGGAGGGAGCUGCUGUUGCCGACAGGAACGCCGAAUCCGCUCCGUAGGGUUAGAUCCGACACCGAUCUGCACCGAUCUGCGCCGUUCAGGUCGAGAUGGUCUCCUCCGGUGAGAUUUCAGGAAGAGGAGGAGGAGGAGAAGGUCAAUCUACAGGUUAUGUCGAUUUCACCAGCAAUCGCGAAGGAGGCAGAGGAGCUCGUACAUUCAGGCGGGGGGAUGGGAAAUGGGAGGAAGAUGGGCGGUGGUAGCGGCUGGAAAAGGGGCGAUGAGGCGAAUCGUGAAGAGGAUUCGAGGAUCGGAUCCUAUUACCAGGAGAUGCUGAAGUCGGACCCUGGUAAUCCGCUUCUUUUGAGGAAUUACGGUAGAUUCUUACACGAGGUUAAAGGAGAUUUUGAGAGGGCGGAAGAGUACUACGGA